GAAUGCGAUGAUAAGUCGUGACCCCUUGGGAUAGUAUUCAGUCAAUUACUGACAUGUGAAGGAAGAUGUGGACUCAUUUCAUAGUGUGUUGUGUCUUCGCGGCCAGUGUUUUAGGGCAAGAAAAAGAUGACGAGCCAGAAGCGCACGAAGCCAAACAGCUCAAAGAAGGGGAGCAGAAGCUCAGCGAGCAGAUACUCCAAGUGCUGGAGCACUUCAAGAGCCCCGACCCGGUGGGGCUGCCCGGGGCCAACAUCCCCGAUCCCUACCCCGUGCCCGACACCAAGCAGUCCUUUAGUGUGACCACUAUGAACUUCAAGAAUAUGGCAGUCUAUGGGAUCAGCAAGUUCAAGAUUAUUUACAUUGAUGCUGAGGUUGGGGAUAUGGAGGUGCACGCGGCCAUGUUGAUCGACAAGCUGCAGGUGCGCGGCAACUACACCAUGUCGACGUGGCUGAGCCGCUCCUCGGGCCCCUUCACCGUGGACCUGUCGGGGCUGCGGGUCACCGCGCGGGCCAACCUGGGCGUGGCCCGCGACGGACACCUGCGCGCGCAGGACAUCGUCAUGGACAUCAACUUCGACAAGAUCGACAUGAACUUCGAGAACCUCGGCUUCUUCGGCAGCAUGUUCCAGGGCAUGGUCAACACUAUUGGCACCUUCCUCUUCGACUCAAUUAAACCCUUCAUCCUCAAGGAGGCCUACACCAAGAUAAGGACAGAGAUUAACACCAAGCUUGAUGAAGUCGCCGGUGAUAUGCAGUUCCCUAACUCUAUCUCGCCGCUCGAUAUGGUCAUAGCCGACACGCGCAGGAAGGUCGAGGAGAUGAAGUGGGAUCCCUACAAGGUCAAGGAUUACAACACGAGCGUUAGUAUAUUUGACGUCGCGCUGAGCAACACCUGGCUCACGGGGAUAUCCUCUUUCCAUAGAGUCGGCAACAUCACGCUGAAGAUGGAGAACAAUACGGCUAUUGCUGAUUUCGAAAUUGGAACGCAGAAGCUGCAGGGUAUGACGCAGUGGGAUAUCUCAGCUGUGAGUGGUCUGCUGUCGCGGGCGGGGAGCGCGUCCUUCUCGGUGGAGUACAUGAGCGCGCGGCUGGUGCUGGCGCAGCCGCUGGACACGAGGAAGCGGCCGCAGUUCCGCGACCUGGACCUGGAGGUGGGCAACAUCCAGGUGCGCUGCGACGGAGCCGGGACCCUCGACUACGUCAUUGAGUUCGUGGUCAAUGUACUGCCGAAUCUGUUGAGGUACCAGAUAAUGGAUGCGGUUGAAGGCCCAGUGAAGGAGAAGGUGCAGCAGGAGCUGAACAAGAUCAACGUGGAGGAGAUCAUCAAGGAGGAGCUGAUGCCCAAGGCCGACCUGCUGCAGGAGCAGGGGUUCAAGCUGUCCUCACUGAAGGAUCUGCCGGUCGACGCCGCCGAAGAGUACAACGUAGAUGAUUUUUUCAACUUCUAAGAAUUACUUAGUUGACGAAUACUUAAGUUAAAUCAACAUUUAUUUAUUAGGUUUAUGAUUAGGUAUGCAAAUAAAGCUUAUUAUGUUCGAACCGG